CACACAAGAUGGCGCUGUUAGUUUGAGCAGGCGGCUGCGCAUCGCGGUGCAGGCUGGGAGGUCGGAGCAUAUUCGGAGCGCAGUGUCGGGCGCUGGCUCUUUGUCUAGUCACAGCCUCCCCGGGACGGACGGGCGGACACGGCCGGGAUGGACGUGUUUUUGAUGAUCCGCCGUAAUAAAACCACAAUCUUCACGGACGCCAAAGAGAACACAACUGUAUAUGAGCUGAAGAGGAUUGUGGAGGGGAUUCUGAAGAGACCCCCAGAGGACCAGCGGCUGUACAAGGAUGACCAGUUAUUAGAUGACAAUAAGACCUUAGGUGACUGUGGCUUCACCAGCCAGACCGCGCGGCCACAGGCUCCGGCCACUGUGGGACUGGCAUUCCGCUGCUCCGGAGACUCCUUUGAACCUCUGCGGGUGGAUCCCUUCUCCAGUCCCCCAGAACUCCCCGACGUCAUGAAGCCGCAGGAGACGAGUGGCAGUGCUAACGAGCAGGCGGUGCAGUGAAUGCUGGGAGAUGCUGCACCUGCCCCCGCUCCCUGAUCUCUCCCCCCAGCCCCCCCCCCCCCCGCCCCAGUGGAACAACACUGCAGCUUAUGCUUCGCUAUGUCCAGCAGGAGCAUCUGUCGCCAUUGUCCUGUUUCACCUCCGUGUACAAGUUGUCCACUGUCCUCCCCAUGAGAAUGGAACAGGCUUGUGCUGGAUCCUCUUCUGUCCACAUGGGGGCAGCCCCCCGUCAUGGCCUCGCACCCCCCUUCCUGUUUUUGGGGUUUGGGAUGCACUCGUAUUGAUUAUGUUCUAUUUUAUUUUUUAAACACAAUAAAUUUUGUUUGCCUGUA